CCAGAUGUGUCGUCCAUCAACCGGGUGUUGCGCAAUCUAGCCAACAAGACUUCGGAGCAGAUAGGGCAGAACGGCGUCUUCGACAAACUCCGCAUGUUGAACGGACAGACGUGGCCGGGUAACCCCUGGUACCCGACGCCGACCCCAGGACCCCUGGCGCCACCUGGCAGCAGCGUCGUUCCCGUCGGCCCCGAAGCGGGAGAGCUGAAAAAAGAGAGCGGGUCGGAGGCGGGCGAGGCGUCAUCGCACGGGGACGCUGACGAUAGCCAAAUGCGCAUGCGCCUAAAGCGCAAGCUGCAACGCAAUCGAACCUCGUUCACGAAUGAACAGAUUGAAGCUCUAGAAAAGGAAUUCGAACGAACUCACUACCCGGAUGUGUUUGCCAGAGAGCGACUAGCGGCGAAGAUCGGACUUCCCGAGGCACGCAUACAGGUCUGGUUCUCCAACAGACGCGCAAAAUGGCGGCGGGAGGAGAAGUUGCGCAAUCAGCGGCGUACGCAGGAGAGUUUCGGACCUGCCGGUGCCGUCAGUCGUCUGCAGAUGAACAGCGGCUUUCCCAACAACAUGUACCCUUCCAUACCUCAGCCUCCCAUCUCCAUGUCGGACAACUACAGUGCCGUGCCGCAGGUGCCCACCUUUUCCUCCAUGAACAACGGGCUGACGGCGACGCAGGCGUGUCUGCAGCAGCGAGAGACCAGCUCCUACUCCUGCAUGAUCCCGGGCGCGCCUCGCGGCUACGACCCGCUCAGCCUAGGCGCUUACACGCGCGCUAGCUGUAACCCCACGAUCACCAGUGCUAGCAUGAUGUAUCAGUCGGCAGCGGCCGGCAUGCAGCACGCCAGCCACCCUUCCAGUAACAGCGCGGGCUCGACAGGUCUCAUAUCUCCUGGUGUUUCCGUGCCCGUUCAAGUACCAGGGGGUGCCCAUCCCGAUCUCACAGCACAGUACUGGCACCACCCGCGCCUACAGUGACACCAAAUACGAUAACGUGUUGUCGUCGACAAUGUGAAUGACGUCAUCGUGACGUAGUCGUCAACGCGGUUGUGUUACACAGGUGGUCGCUGCAUGGUGUGAGAUGCUGACUCUAACUCGGAUCAUGAUGGAUCAACUACUGACGACCUCCCCGCGUGCCUAUACUACAAGUCCAUACUGCACAGAGCUACAACGACGAACCUACGGUACGCGUGACGUCACUGGUAACCACGGACUAGAUGACGUCACAGGUCACGACAAUGCCACGGGCUAUGUGACGUUACAGGUCGCUGCGAUACCACGGGCUACGUGACGUCACCGAUGAUGUUACAAGAACUACAUUCCGACACGACGAUGCAAAUAUGCACGAGAAAAAAGAGUUUCCCGCUGAGAACAGAGGAGAAGAAGGAGACUGAUCGCCGCUAUGGGAUCAAGUGUUCGUGCAUGGAACUUUAUAAGUCUAAACAAAAUCACGUUGGAUAGGGCAACGUUUACUAUAUGUAGUGUUUUAAAAGUUGGGCGUAUCCUCCUUCGUACUCCGAAAUUGCAAUGGGGUCGUAUUUACCCUACGCAUCUACGCGUGCGUGCUAGCGUAGUCGGCCCGCGGUAGGGUAGCACAGUGUACGCCUAAAAUUAACCGUUGACGUACCCUAGCUGGCAGAGCCAUCUCCUGCCAUUGCACCGUAGCAUGGCGCGCGCGCAUAGCGAGGGUAGACACACUACUCGCCAGGAGUUCUUAGAAGAUAAGAGUAUCUUCCAACGUUAAGGGAAAGAAAGACGAGACCCCAGCCACCGCGAUAGCUGACGCAUCCGCCAUUACACGAAGAUCGUAGGAAGGUCACGUGGUGCGAUGACGUGUGUGCGUCAAUGACAACUGUUUUCACUAUUAAUCACCACGUAACCGUAUACAACAUUCCGUAGGUGUGUUUGUGAGACCUGAUGCAUGCAUAUAUAUAUAUAUAUAUAUAUAUAUAUAUAUAUAUAUAUAUGCCGUAUUAUUAUAUACCGUAAUAUAGCCGAUGUACUGUAUACUGUUAUGAUGCGAAUGAGCUUCAUAUUUCAAGUGUCCCGUAUCUUUUAAAGUAACUAAAGUAUAUUAUUAUUGUUGUUAUUGUUGUUGUUGUAAAUAUUCAACCGUGUUGUCGAUCAUUGUACGGAAAAUAUCGCGUAUAAUAAGGAACACCAAAUAUUUUAGCAUUCGAUGACGAUUUAAGUUCGUCGCCGAGUUUAGACUAUAUUUAACAACGUUUCUUGCACGUGAAUUUAUAUAAGGCUGAGGCUCACACAUACCUUAUAGUACUUACUGUUUACAUUCAGUGCAACCCGUCAGUGUGUGUGUGUGCGCGCGCGCGCGCGUGCGUGCGUGCGUGCGUGCGUGCGUACGUGCG